UAUGGUAGAUUUUCUUUGGUUUCGUUUUAGUUGAAUUGAAAGAAUCUCAGAAUAAAUAAUAAACACAAUUUGUUAUGAAGAAUUUUAUGCUAGUUCUUAUAUAGAUUCCAAAUAGAUUAAUUAUUCAGUCAGUUAUGUUAAAGGACAAGGGACAAGUCACUUUUGAGGACAAAUGGCCCUCUAUGCGCCCAAUUGUACUCAAGCUUUUGAAACAGGAACCGGUGACACAAACCGAAUGGCAAGAUCUUUUUGUAGCUGUACAUUCCGUUUGUCUUUGGGACGAAAGAGGGCCGUACAAAAUUAGAGAUGCUCUUCAACAAGAUGUAAUGAUGUACAUAAAACAAGCCCAAGUCCGCGUUUUGGCUCAGCGAGAGGAUCAGGCUCUACUGAAAGCAUAUAUCGCAGAAUGGGGUAAAUUUUUUACCCAGUGCAAUUACCUACCUACACCAUUUCGUCAGUUAGAAAAUUCAAUAAAUAACAUAAGUAAAGUGACUAGUUCCAAUACAAAUGCACAGAAAAAGAAUAAUAACAAUAACAUAGAGGACAGUUUGGUACGUAAAUUGAUGUUGGACUCUUGGAAUCAGAGUAUAUUUAUGGAUAUUAAACAGAGAUUGCAAGACUCUGCAAUGAAAUUAGUGCAGGCUGAACGUAAUGGUGAAUCAUUUGAUUCACAACUUGUUAUAGGAGUGAGGGAAUCCUAUGUUAAUUUAUGCUCAAAUUCCAUUGAUAAAUUACAAAUAUAUAGAGAUAAUUUUGAAGCAGCUUACAUGCAAGCCACAGAAGAAUUUUAUAAAUUGAAAGCUAAUGAACAUUUGUUAGCGAAUGGAGUGCAGUCGUACAUGAGAUAUGCAGAUCAAAGGUUAAAAGAAGAAGAAGCCAGGGCUCACAGGUAUCUAGAACCUGGUAGUGGUAGUGUGGCUGCACUCACACAAUGCUGUGAGAAAGUGUUGAUCGGAGAACACCUGUCAACAUUAUUGGCUGAGAGUGCACCAUUAAUUAAAGCUGGAGAAACAGACAAAUUACAGCUUAUGUUUCGUCUUUUAGAUAGGGUACCCGAGGGAGUUACACCCAUACUUCGGGACCUCGAGGCUCAUAUUGUUUCUGCUGGAUUAGCAGAUAUGGUUGCAUCAGCAGAUAUUAUUACAAGUGAUUCUGAAAAAUAUGUUGAGCGAUUACUGGAUUUAUUUAAAAGAUUCAGUGCUCUAGUUAAAGAUGCAUUUUUUGAUGAUCCCAGAUUUUUAACUGCUAGAGAUAAAGCUUAUAAGUGUGUUGUAAAUGAUACAACAGUUUUUAAGUUAGAGUUACCAUCGUCAGCUCUCAUACGUGGCAGUAAAGGUACAGCACCAGAAAGUAAGUGCCCCGAGCUUCUGGCAAAUUACUGCGAUAUGUUAUUACGUAAAACACCUCUAAGUAAACGCUUGACUACUGAACAAAUAGAAUCUAGACUGAGGGAUGUGUUGUUAGUCCUAAAAUAUAUUGAAAAUAAAGAUGUAUUUAUGAGGUAUCACAAAGCACAUUUAACCAGAAGGUUGAUAUUAGAUUCUAGUGCUGAUUCAGAAAAGGAAGAGGAUAUGGUUGAGUGGCUUAGAGAAGUAGGAAUGCCUGCAGAUUAUGUCAAUAAGCUUGCUCGAAUGUUCCAAGAUAUUAAAGUCAGUGAAGAUCUUAAUAUACAGUUUAGAGGUGAAACUACACGUCAUGAUGCUAUCAAUAUAAAAAUUCUAAAUGCUGGAGCAUGGGCCCGGGGAUCUGAAAGAGUAACUGUAAGUCUUCCCUUAGAAUUAGAAGACUAUAUACCAGAAGUAGAAGAGUUUUAUAAAAAGAAACAUUCUGGGCGUAAAUUGCAAUGGUAUCAUCAUAUGAGUAAUGGUACUAUUACUUUCGCUAAUUCUGUGGGCAGGUUUGAUCUUGAUGUUACUACAUUUCAAAUGGCUGUUUUAUUUGCUUGGAAUCAAAGACCUCUGGAGAAGAUAAGCUAUGAAAAUCUGAGGCUUGCUACUGAACUUCCAGAUCCAGAAAUGAGAAGAACAUUAUGGUCUCUAGUAGCCUUUCCCAAACUUAAAAGGCAGCUAUUGUGUUAUGAACCUGCAGUACAAAAUCCUAAGGACUUUAUGGAAAAUACUACCUUCUGGGUCAAUCAAGAGUUUGCAUUAAUAAAAAAUGGAAAACCACAAAGGAGAGGUAAAAUAAACUUGAUUGGAAGGCUUCAGUUAAGUACUGAGCGUUCACAAUUGGAAGAUAAUCAUUCAAUAGUACAGCUCCGAAUUUUAAGAACUCAGGAGGCCAUCAUAAAGAUAUUGAAAAUGAGAAAAGGCAUAACCAAUACUGCUCUCCAGAGUGAAUUGGUGGAAAUCUUAAAGAACAUGUUCCUGCCUUCUAAAAAGAUGAUAAAAGAGCAAUUAGAAUGGCUGAUCGAACACAAGUACAUGCGACGGGACGAUGAAGAUAUCAAUACUUUUAUAUAUAUGGCCUAGAAUUUCUUAUAACAAGCAUUAAAUGAACAAAAUCAAUAUAAAUUAUUUAC